AUGUCGUCCGCAGAAAAACCUAAGCCUCAAUACCUCGCAGGCAAAGUCGCCAUAGUUACUGGGGGAUCUCGAGGUAUCGGAGCUGGUAUAGCCAUAGAGCUAGCACAGAGAGGUGCCAAGGUAGCAAUAACAUACAGCCAGCCGAAAAGCGACGCCAAAGCACAAGAAGUCGUCAACCAAAUCAAAGCCCUCGGAAACAGUAGCACAGCCAUCGCAAUCCGAAAAGAUCUCAGCGACGUGUCCGCACCCAAAUUUAUCGUGGCAGAAACCAUUCGUCAAUUUGGUUCGGAUAUUGACAUUCUUGUGAACAAUGCCGGGGUCGAACGGAUGGGGUCUGUAAUCGAUACAGCUGCCGAAGACUUUGACUUUGUCUACAACGUGAAUGUUCGCGCUCCUUUGCUCAUGCUCAAGGAAGUUAUACCGUAUCUCCGAUCACCGGGACGUAUUAUCAACAUUGGUUCCAUUGGGGGCCGUCAAGGGUUCCCUGGUAUGUCUGUAUACUGCUCUUCGAAGACUGCGAUUGAAGGAAUGACGCGCUGCUGGGCAUGGGAAUUGGGAGGCGCGAAACAUACCGUGAAUGCGGUCAAUCCGGGACCUGUGCCUAGUGAUAUGCUACAGAGUCUGCCGCUGGAGGUUAUUGAGAAACAAAAAGCAAAUACGCCGGUCGAAAAUAGGGUUGGGUCUUUGGAUGACAUUGCGCAGAUCGUUGCUUGGUUGGCGAGUGAGGAGAGUAGAUGGGUUACUGGGCAGGUCAUUGCUGCUAGUGGAGGGUGUGCUAUGUACUGA